AUGCCUGGUGUUCCUUCUAGUCGUGGUUGCGAUGCAUGUCGUAAACAGAAAAAAAAGUGCUCUCCGACAGAUUCGACCCCUCCAUGCUCUAGAUGCCGUCGACUAGGUAUCACCUGCGUUGGAUUCGGCCAGCAAAGAUUCAAAUUCAAGAACGAGGGCCAACGGCUCGUUCUCGCCAACAGACCUUCCGCCACUCCUUUCAAGAACGAUGGUUGCAACCUCAACGGGCUUGCUAUCACGGCAGCACCAGCUUAUGGACUAGCAAAUAGUCUUACAAGGCUAACUUCAGCCUUCGUCUCCACUGUUAACCCAUCUACAGAUCUCAGCAUUCAACUGCCAUGGAACUUUGGAUAUUAUCUACUUGACAUUCCACGCCGCUUGGGCACAAAUCAAGCUCUUGAUGCUGCUUCGGAAGCUCUAGUGGCUGCUUACAGGUGCUUUCUUGCCGGUCGAGGUGUAGCUCCUAAUGUCCUAAUCAAGCACUCCAAAGCUUUGGUUGCUCUACGACAGUGUCUAGACGACCCUGUCAAGGCUUACUCCUCGGAAACUCUAUGCUCGAUUAUGGUAUUGAUGAUUGUUCAGCUAUUAUCUGCUCCGGAUAUUCACAUCACGAUAAGCCAUUCUGUGGGUGCAGCCCAAAUUUUGAAAUGCCGAGGUCAUACUGGUCCUAAAGAUAAAUUUGAGAAUGGCUUGCUACACGCGCUCAGGUCUACAGUGGUAGUUGAAGCUAUCAACAACCCCCGGAUCACGAUGUCGAAACAGCAAUGGAAAGAUUUCGUAUCUAGUCAGAUCGAUAGCGACACAAUUGACGGACAAAUGAUGAGAUGUUUAGCACACCUUCCUAGCCUAAUGGAGCGUGGUCGAUAUGCACUCAAGGAAUCGUUAAUGUCCGAGUCCACUAUUUUAGAGCUUCAAAGCGAAGUACUCAAACUUCGUGAGAGCUACGGGCCAAUUCUAUCGAGCUUCCGCGAACGAUGGGAGAGUAUUGAAUCAAGUAGAGGAACCCAAUAUCCCAGAAUUUUCUUAUCAGAGACGCAAAUUCAUUCCCACUAUUCACGAACUUAUUGUAUGGCCCUCGCCAUUAACAUCUUGCUUAAUUGCGUUCUUGUUGCACUAGGUGGCACCAAUCCCCAGGUCAGGCGAGAGACUCCGCAAUUUUCAGAUGAAAUUUUGAAGCUCGACGAGGUUGUCAAUAAAUAUCGGCCACUCGGCGCUAUGUACAUGAUCAUCUGUCUUCCUGCCGCAUGGAUAGGUGCUACAGAUCCCAAGACCAAAGCAGCGAUCGCAGGCUGUCUCCUCAAAUACCAGAGAGACCUUUAUGGACCGACAGCCACACCUUCCUCUGCAGAACAGGAGCUCCUUGAAAAACGAAUCACACUCAAAUAG